GUCUUUCGACCCAUGUAAAGAAAUCCUCUAACGAAACCUACAACUUUGAUUGUUUAUCCAAGUUUAGAAAGAAGAGAAUAAGAAAAGGAUUAGAGGCUUGAGUUGAAACAGACGAAAAAGAAGCAAACGGCUUCCCCACCAUCUAAGAAAACAGGACCGGACCCUGCAUUCUUCUUUUCUACAGCCAGGGAGCCAGGAGCAACAUCGAGGAGAUAUAGAUAGCCUCACGGAGGGCUGUUUCCCCAGUGUUUUCGAACCACAGCCUAAACCACACCUUGCCAAGAUGGCAGCACAAACAGAGAACAGCACGUACAUGACACCCAGCAUAGCACCCAAACUCGCAGGCAUGGGUGGACCUGUGAAGCCCACACUGCUAGCCUUCCAUGGUUCUGGAAGCAACGCGACCGUACACACAAUCCAACUAGCAAGACUAAUGAGGGUGAUCAAAGACCAUUUCGAAGUGGAAAGUCUGGAAGCGCCAUUUCCAUCCCAAGCCGGCCCAGGUAUCCUCCCCUUCUUCGAAGGCUGCGGACCCUUCAAACGCUGGAUGCAAUCCAGCGUCACCAUCUCCGACAUGAAAGCCGGAAACUCCACAACCGCCAUGCCGUCCGAAGUAGAAGACCUCGUCCGCAGCACCGUCGAACGCAUCAACUCCACCGGCGGCAAAGUCGUUGGUCUCAUCGGCUUCUCCCAAGGAACCAAAGUCGUAGCUGGACUCCUCAAAGGCUGCGAAAUCCGACGCGCACUCGCUGAGAAGGGGAACGAUGUAUCUCAUCUCGCGUAUCUGGAUUUCGAUUUCGGCCUCAGUGUUUGUGGGUCGUAUCCGCCGCCGCUGAUACCGCCUUCUGCGACUGCGGCGCUUGAUGUGGCGAUUUCGUCGUUUGGGAUGAGUGUGGAAGAGCGGAAGGAGUUGGUAGAGGGGAAGAUUAGGUUGCCGGCUUUUCAUGUUCAGGGUCUGCAGGAUGAGUGGAAUUGGGCGGGUCAGGGACUGAUUGAUGGGUGGUAUGAGGUGGGAGAGGGGAAGAGUGUGGUGAGGUAUUGGGAGCAGGGUCAUCUAUAUCCUGUGCAGCCGGAAGAGAGCCAGGAGAUUGGGGAGUGGAUGUUCGGGGUGCUGGGGCGUGGAGAUGGGAAGGUAGGAGAUGAAGCGCGGUGAUAGAGGCGACGAGCGGUGGGAGUGCAAUAGUUGCUGAAGGUCAUAACGCGAAGCAAGGGGAAAGAGUCAUGUACCUUGUCG